AUGCUCUGCGAACCUGAAGUAAACUAUGGCUGGGAUCUUGACGUAGUCGUUGUUGCCAGGCAACAGAUCCUAGACCAGCAGCGCAUCGGAAGCAGCCACCAGCAGUCCAAACAGACGGUCGGAAGCCUUGUGCUACUCCCUGUGUUGGGAGGGGAGGUUGAGUUGCGCCACGGCCAGUACGGACUCGUGAAGGCAACAAAGGCAAGGACCAAUCCACCAAGUUUGUUCCUCUUCCCACUGACGCUACUUGAGGUAGGCCACGAUGCACUCGCCGAACUCCAAGAGCGCGUAAAAUGCCGACAUCCUUCGUCUCCGGUGAGCAAGGAUGGUAAUGUUGGCGUUGUGGUUCUCGCCGAUGUUGUCGGUUGCUCUUGA